AUUGAAUACAUAAUACAUUUGUGGCAUGAGAUUGCUUUCCAUCUUUGCCAUUGGAUAUAGGAGUUCCAGUUCCAGAGAAUAGAAUAGAAUAGAAUAGAAUUGAAUUGAAUUGAAUUGAAGUGGCAACACGGUCUCUAAUUAAGCAAUAUCCAGUCCACAACACAAGCCUAACUAACAAACGUUUGGGCUCAUUCAUGCUCUCUGUCAAAUGCAUUGCAAACUAUAUAAUUAUAACUGAACAAAAACAUAAUAGCCACUGUGGAUUCAAGUGCAAAGCAAGAGAUCCCAAUGCUGAAUCUACUGAAAAGUGGAAACGGGACACCCUUUUCAUCAACAAACGGGGAAAAUUCAGAAACUUCAAUCAUAAAAAGGUCUCCAGGAAAAAAGGCGGUUCCCUGAGGGGUCAUGGAUGGAAAUAUGGAUCUGGAUUUGUUGAUGGCAUCUUCCCUGUGUUGAGCCCCAUUGCGCAAGAGAUUCUCGAUUUUGUACAAAGGGAGCUGGAUGUUCACAAACUAUGGUCUUCCUUGGACAAUUUGCCUCCCACAAACACAAUUUGGGACGAUCUAAUCAGCAUAGCAGUUCGAUUGCGUCUCAAUAAAAAAUGGGAUCCAAUUAUCAUGAUGUGUGAAUGGAUAUUGAAAAGGAGCUCCUUCAAGCCUGAUGUCAUUUGCUAUAAUCUGCUUAUAGAGGCUUAUGGACAUAAAGUGCAGUUUCAGAAGGCAGAAUCUACUUAUUUCCAACUUCAGGAAGCUCGAUGCAUCCCUACUGAGCAUACUUAUGCACUCCUUCUAAAAGCAUACUGUAAGUGUGAUUUGCUUGAGCAUGCAGAAGCUGUCUUUGCUGAGAUGCGAAAAAACGGCUUUCCCCCAAGCACUCUUGUAUAUAAUGCUUAUAUAGAUGGAUUAUUGAAAAGAAGAAAUUCCCAGCAAGCUCUCGCUGUUUUCCAAAAGAUGAAGGCAGAGAAUUGUCAGCCAACUGCUGAGACUUACACGCUGAUGAUCAACUUGUACGGGAAGGAAAAUAAAUCUUUUAUGGCCUUAGAGCUGUUUCGCGAGAUGAAGAGGAGAAAAUGCAGACCUAACAUUUGCACUUACACUGCGCUGGUGAAUGCAUGUGCACGGGAUGGAUUGUGUGAAAAGGCGGAAGAGAUUUUCGAACAAUUGCAGGAGGCAGGGCACGAGCCUGAUGUUUAUGCUUACAAUGCUCUCAUGGAAGCGUACAGUCGGGCAGGUAUCCCUUAUGGUGCCGCAGAAAUCUUUUCCCUCAUGCAGCAAAUGGGAUGUGAGCCAGACACUGCAUCAUAUAAUAUAAUGCUGGAUGCUUACGGGAGGGCAGGCCUUCAUCAAGGUGCGCAAGCGGUCUUUGAUGAAAUGAAGCGGAUAGGAAUAAAGGCGACGAUGAAAUCCCACAUGCUGCUCAUAUCGGCCUACUCGAGGCUGGGCGAUGCGGCGAGGUGCGAGGCAAUUGUGAGGCAGAUGAAGGAAUCCGGGAUGGCCCCGGACACGUACAUCCUCAACGCGAUGCUCAACCUGUACGGUCGGGCAGGCAACUUUGAGAAAAUGGAACGGGUUUUGACCGCAAUGGAGGGCGGGGGGGCAUGCAGGCCCGACACCAGCACUUACAACAUCCUGAUCCACGCCUACGGGCGGGCCGGGUUCAUAGAGAGGAUGGAAGAGGUGUUCGCGUCGCUUCCCUCCAAGGGCGUGCGAGCCGAUGUCAGGACUUGGACAUCCAGGCUGGGGGCCUACUCCAGGAAGAAGCUGUACGGCAGGUGCCUGGAGAUAUUUGAAGAGAUGAUCGACAGCGGGUGCUAUCCGGAUGGGGCCACCGCCAGAGUGCUUUUGUCCGCAUGCUCUUGCCGAGAUCAGAUCGAGCAAGUCACAGCAGUGAUCAGAACAUCGCAUGCACGCACCAUUCUGCAGCCCUGAUUGAUUCGAUAGGAUAGGAUAGGAUAGGAUAGGAUUUGAUUUGAUUUGAUUGGUGCUUGUUGUUAACUUAUGUUGGGUUACGGGCUUCCGCGCACCCUUUUUCCUCUCUCAUCAAAUCAUUUGAUAAGCAUCCAUCCAUC